GAAAGGGGGAAAAAAAUUGAUAAAAAUAGAGCAAUCAGGUAGCGGAACAGUGCCUAGGGUUUUAUUUCCAGUGGACCGAACAACACAGCACCACACAAGAAAUACAACGGCGACCAAACCUUUGGCAUUCCGCGCUCUGAAAAUCUAGUUCCGUGCAACAUGUUCCGGUCUCUCUCUAGGUUGUUCCAUUAGGGUUCCCCCAACCCAAUCUUCAACCUCGAAGCUCUAGGGGUUCCCAAAAGAAACUGUGCAUCCAUCAUCUAUCGGCUUCCUAACCGAUGGAGAACGGGUCACAGCUGGGUCGCUCCCUCAUCAAGCAGCUUGCCUGCUGCAACAAGGCCACUCGAGACAAGGCUCUUCGUCUUCUCUUCAAGACUUGGCUUCCUUCACAAUCCCAACUUUCCGAUGACGACAUGAAGAAGCUCUGGAAGGGCCUCUUCUACUGCGUCUGGCACGCUGACAAGGUCCCUGUUCAGGCUGAACUCGUUGAUCGCCUUUCCUCACUCCUCCAAGUUCUCGAUCUCGGCCUCUCUGAGCACUACCUCUCCGCCUUCUUCCUCACUAUGCGUCGCGAAUGGUCUGGAAUUGACGCCCUCAGGUUAGACAAGUUCUACCUCUUGAUUCGGAGAUUUCUCCACAAUUUUUUUGUUCUCCUCAAAAAGAAUUCGUGGGAUUUGGAACUUACCCGACGGUUAAUGGGUGUUUUGGAUGAGAGGACAUUCUCUGCCGAAGAGAAGUUGCAGGGCAAUGGAGUUAAUUACCACAUUGCCUCUAUUUUCUUGGAGGAGCUUAGGCCUUUCCUCCCUAUUCGGUCUCAGGUGCUUGAGGUUCUCUUCAAGCCCUUUAUUGCUGUUGUGGGCAAACUGCCUGAUAAAGUCUUGUUGGGAAAGGUUAAGUCUAAUCUGUUUGAUGCUCUGCUAAAGAUGGGAAAGAGAUUGUUGGAGAUUAAGAAGGCAGGGGAUGAGAUCGAUUCGGGAGAUGAUGUUGUGGUGCUUGGAACGAUAGCAUUAGUCAUGGGGUUCUCGAUGAAAUUUUAUGAGUUGGGCUCUUCACCUGGAUGCUGCCAAGGAAAUAGAAAGGUAUUGUUUGCUCUGCAUGAGGAUUUUAAGAAGCUAGAGAAAGACAUGGCGUCUUCAGGAUUUGAGUUCUCAAUUCCUGAUGUAGAUGAUCGAGAUGAAGACGAAGUGCCAAUUUUGGUUCCUAUUGCGACCACUGUGGAGGUAGUUGCUGCAGAAGGUGGUUUGGAAUGUAAUGAAGAUGUUCCAAAGGUUUCUAAUGGGGCCGCUGGUAAGCAGUUGAAAAAGUAUAAGAAGGAUAAAAAAGCCGCUAUUAACAAGGAGAAAAAGGCUAAGAAGAAAAAGAAGAGUGAUCCCUCUGAAUAUAUGAACGAGGAGAGUCUUACUGAGAAUGAGAAUGAAGUUAUAGUUGGUGAAAAUGGUUCAAAUAAUGAACAAGCCAAUAUAUUGAAUGAAUCUGUGAUUUCAAACCUCCAAAAGCAGUUUGAGAUUAUUGCUGCUGAAGCAGGUUUGCAUGAUGGAAUUGCAGGGGUCUCUGAUUCUCCUGAAGCUACAACUAAUGGAACUGUAUCUAAGAAGAGAAAGAGAACAAAGACUUUAAAAGGACAGCAAUCUCAAGAUUCUGAGGUGAGUGGUGGAGAUGCUGAUGGCAUCAAUGCUGUUAAGAUUGGGGAAGGAAGUAAAAAGAAAGUAAGGUUUUCCAUGAAAAAUAACUUGGUGUGGAAGCCACAAAAUCCUUUACCUCCUCAGAGCUUGAGGCUGCCUCCCUCUGUUGCACCCAGAGGAAGUGCACUCAAGAAAGGUGUACCACCAGGUCCCAUCAGGGAGAUCCCGCUCCCAACUAAAAAGCUGAAACUGAAGAAGGCCAGGAAGGCAAUAAAGGGUGUUUCCCCGUCUGUGAAACGAUUGAGAAAAAUAAAAUCCCCUCCUGCAUGACUUCUAUGAUGUUCGUUGGCUACUAAGUUUGUUUUAAGUCAUAGGAUAUGAUGUUCGGUAACAUGAUUGGUGGACUCUGAUUUAUUUACUACCCUGGAAAUCCUAUUGUGGUGUCAAUUUUGUUUUCUGCACAAGUGAACAUGGGAAUUGAGAAAUGUGAUGCUGAGAUUACUUAUUUUUUUCACUUACAUCAUGAAUAUCUAUCACUGUUUUUCAGUUCUUGAUGAUAAAUGGUAAUCUGGAUUUAAUUUCCUGCUGAAA